AUGGCAGCAGGAGAAGCAAGAGCAGUGUGGCAAAGAAAAGUUAGCCGUUACUUAGUCCAAGAAGACGCUAAAAGAGCUCCCAAGUUCACCUCUUCCCAUUCUUCUUCUUCUUCUUCAACCAAACAGGUUCAAGAAGAUUCUGUCUCUUCUCCUCCUUCUGUUGUUCAUCCUCAGAACCAAUCACCUUGUGCACCUUUCAUGCCUCUGUUUCAGCCAAACCAGAGGGCCCAAGUGAAGACGCCAAUGGAGGCGGGGUUGAUAAACAUGAACUGGGAGCAAAGUCUUUCAAGACUGAAAGCUUUCAAGAAUGAAUCCUCUGAGAAACAUUUCGAUCCCACCUCUCCAUGGAAUCCUCUCUCGAGUGAGAAAGCUGGACCCUGGUGGCGAACUACAGACAAAGAUGAGAUAGCUUCCUUGGUUGCACAAAGGUCUCUACACUUUGUUGAGAAUUGUGAUCUACCGACACCACAGAAGAUGAAACGCUCUUAUUAUCAUGGUAGUAGUCCACACGAGCACUGGCCAAGCAGCCGCAAGAAGAGAACCGAGGAGGCUUCCUCUGAGUCCGAUUUGAGCAAAUCAGAGCUGCUAGAAGCCCUGAGGCGUUCUCAGACAAGAGCUAGGGAAGCUGAAAACAUGGCUAAAGAAGCAUGCGCAGAGAAAGCGUAA